AUGAACCUUAAUCAUGUUUUGAGGCUCACUGGAACAAAUUUUAGAGCUUGGAGAGACUCGGUAGAACGUUACAUGAUGAUGCAUGAGAACAUAGACCUAGUUUUUCAUGAAGAUGAACCUGAGGCAUUAACUGAUGAGAGUUCAGCUGAGGAAGUUAAGGCUUUUAAGGCCUGGCACAGGUCAAAUAGAAUGGCCAAGAACACCAUUAGGAACACCAUGUCUGACAUAGUAAGAGGUAGUAUAGAAGAACCUGAUUUGGCUACUGAUUACAUGGAGGCCAAUGAGAGGAAGUUUAAGGAAAGUGAGAAGGCUGAGGCUGCAAGACUGACCAAGUCUUUUCAUGAGCUGAAGUACAAUGGGUUUGGGGGAGUUAGAGAACAUAUUAUGAAGCUGAUCAAUAUUAAUGCUAGGCUCAGGGAGUUACUGAUGGGCAUAAAUGAUAGCCAAGUGGUGCAUGUUGCACUACAUUCUCUGCCAAAUUCCUUUAGUGGACUUAAAACCAACUAUAAUGCUCAGAAAGACACCUGGACCACAGAUGAGCUCAUAGCUAUCUGCACUGGAGAAGAAGAGAGAACCCACAUCCACUGUUAA